CCGCGACACCACACUGUUGCGUCCGAGGAAUGGGCAGAGAGGGGGUGGUGUCUGGUGUGCGAACUUUUUUCCGUGAGACUGCCUCUACGUACGUUUUGUUGUGUACAUUCAUUCAAGCAAAUGUGACCGGAUCGUAUGCAUAUCAUUUCAGUUUGGCUGAAAGACACGCAGGGUCUCCCUGUAUUACCAACUCUGUUGAUGACGUCCACUUUGACCACACUAUAGGAGUCGGACAGGUUGUCAACAUCAAAGCGAAAGUCAACAGAGCCUUCACAUCCAGUAUGGAGAUGCAGGUGAUUCCGCAGACGCAGGCAGAGCAGAUGGAGUACAGCAUCGCGGCAGAGCGGAGGAGGAGGAGGAUGAGACUGAUCCCUGCUGAGAUCAUCACAGACCUACUGAGCAGCAGCACCGCUCAACUAGUAUGGAGGUCGGUAGGUGUGUGUGCAGAGGCCUACCAGGGUGUGUUGCGGCACAUCAACGGCGCCUUUAUGACCUUUUGAGAUGCUGGACAAAGGCAGAAAGCCACACACGUUGCCCCAGAUAUGACUCAAACUGGUGGAUGGGGAAAGACACAAGAAGGCUAUCGCUAGGAAGAAAAUCCGACUGGACAGGAAGUACAUUAUCUCCUGCAAACAAACGGAGGUGCCUCUGUCUGUACCCUGGGAGAUCAGCAACUAGGUAAGACAAAGCACACACACACAUAUACACAUAUACACACACUUACACGGAAGAAUCCAAACCGGUUUCUUUCUCAGCAAUGUGUCUGCACUGAAACUAAUGGCUGCUCCAAGCAACUGGAUGUUGAGCUCUGAGGAAAAACAAGGUACGUCUCGUUUGUGGAACAGUUAAACAUAAAGGCAUCAAUCAUUAGAACCGUUAUUCAGCUAAAUUAGAAUAAGCUCAUAGGAUUGUUUGUUUCCUGCUAACUCUCCCCCUCUCCUCCCUACCGGCUAAUCCAAUUAUGACUUUCGAUGGCCAGCUGAAAAUGCACAGUCAUAGUGAGUGUUUUCGAAUUCAGAUUAAGUUGGAUGGAAGCAAUGUGGAACAAGUCAACUGCUUUCUUAAAGGAGCUAUGUAUUUCCACUUGCACUAAAUGUCAAUGAUUUAAUGAUCUAGCAGUAUAUGAAUAGAACCCUACCAGCCUCUGUUUAAACCCAUAUGGAUUCUAUAGUCAUUUCCAUGGUUUAACCCCCUCCUUCCUGAUCUGUUCCCAGGUCAGUCUGCACACUCUGGAGAACCAAAUGCUUUGUUUUAAGGUAGAGACUCAUGUCAACGUCCCCGAUGAACAGGCCUUCCAUCUGCUCUCAGACCUGCGCAGGAGACAUGAGUGGGACAGGCAUUACCCGUAGUUCCAGGUUUGGCCGAACAGAAAUCUAGCUUUUGCUGUUUUGGAGCAGAAGCACCGUCGUCCUCAGCAUCAAUGGCAAUCGGCAGGCGUGGGUCUUUCUCCACCAGUCUUGCUUGGCCUGAAGGUGCUUCUUGAUAUUUGAAGUUAAGUUCUUCGCAGUUGAAAGGCAGUUUGCAUUCUGUGUGUUUUUCUUAUUUUCUUCUUCCAAUUCAAAAUACUGUGAAUACUUCCACGCCUGUUGUCUGCCAUAUUGCUAGCUAGCUUCCCACCACAACGUUCUUGUAGAAACAGGAAGAGCGUGAAUUUAGGGGAAAGAAAAAAGGGAAAUAAUAUUUCAAAGUAACGAUUUGCUUAUUUGAAUUAACUCAUUACUUAAAUUGAAAAACUAAACGCGUUAAGUUACUCUUUACCACAAGGUAAUUUGAGUACUCUAACGUGUUACUUUAAGUCAUAACUAGACACAGCUCGUCACAACCACGGGAGAACGACUGCCCCUCUUAUUGAAGUCACGGAAGUUCAAGACCCACCACAGUACUGCAGAAAACAGGAUCCCCCUUUAUAGGGAAUGGAAAAAUGGCAAUAUUAAUGUAAAAAAAAAUAUAUUUGCCUCUAAUACACCAGAUGUAUGCCCUUGAACCGAUUAUUCUUAAAUGGCACACAAGAGUUCUAAGGAUAAUUUGGCACCCUGCUAAUGGCAGCCUUCAAUUUGAGCUACUCAGUGAGCAAUGAGUUUCUCUAUGAAACAUCAUCUUAACCGACUUAAUUUCGACUUCAUUGCACUGUUGAGGCUUCACAUAGGAAUGAAUGGUGUCGCGUGAUCGAUGGCUUUGUCCAUUCAUAUAUACAUUCAUUGGUCACAACAGGUAUUUACAACUAGUUAUAACACGGUCACAAGUAGUCAUAACCAGUCUUUAUCCUUGGAUUAAAACCUUCACUUGUCCCUUUUGUCCAAUGUAGACAAUGUGAUGUGAUCGUCCAGGCAGAUGAGAAUGACACCAUCCACCAUGUGGCCACUCUGUGUGUCAGUAAAGGGGGAAAGGGACUUAAUUCCUGUAAUCACCAGUUUUUGUUGGUGUUGCUUGGUCACUGUUCCCCAAUGCUUCCAUAAUCCUUACGAAUGUCCAAUGGCACUGCAUUUAUUUUUCUGUUCUCUCACUGCACCCUAACUGACCCAGAUUUGGUUGUACGCCCAACUGUUGUUUGACUGCACCUACACCUUCCAGAUUUCAUGUCCGUGUCACGUUUUUAAUGGUACAAUCUGCCUCUUCUGUCUCUCUUAGGGACCCAUGCCUGAUUGCCCUGCCACUAAGGAAUACACCCGGGGAGAAGUUCUCUGUGCAGGCUUCAGUAUCUGCGAGGAGUCCGACUCCGGAUCUCCUACUACAACCAGGCCACACCGGGAGUUCUCCAUUAUAUCUCCAACGACAUCGCAGGCCUUUCUUCCAGCUUCUACGGCACCUUUCACUCCUGCAGCAAGUACCGAGACGAGAACAGAGACACCCUAGCCACCCUGCCCCCUUCUGACCUGUGACGGAAUGGUAUCAUCCUGAUCCCCUCUGUCCUGUCACAAAUGGUACAGUCCUGGAAGCGCUGCCCCUUUGACCUAUGAUAGAAUGGUACCAUUCUCCUGGCCGCCUUGCACCACUCUGGCCUGUGAAAGAUGGUAUCACCCAGCACCCUUCUGCCUUGUUACUGAAUGACACCGUCCUGUUGCCCUGCACCCCUGCCAAUAUGUGCACUUGGAAAGGACCAGGAUAGCUAGUUCCCUUUACACCCCUUCUGUACUGAGGAACAGCCUAACCCUGUCCACCCCUCUUAUCAUUGGGAAAACUGAGAACGCCAGUUCUGGGAUGUCCCCCGACCCCAACUGCCAAGGAAACCUGUACUUUUGCAUUUCUAAAAUGUGGGACUAGUUUUGGGAUUACUAAUGUUUGUUACUCUCUUUGAUGUUACAUCCUGAUCUUCCAGACAGGUGUACAUUUCCGCACUACAGGUUACUCUUAUCUCUCAAGACUGUCAGCUGGUGAACGUAUUAUAUCGAACUCACCUCAUCUUUUGAUAUAAUGUGCAAUACUUAACAAUACUUGUGUUUAGUUAGGUCUUAUCUGGACAUUAAACAGUUAGUAGCCCUAUGAACUGGAGAAGUAUGCAAACUGGUUUGCUAUGCAGUUGAGUCUGACAUGUUUGUACAUGUUUUUGUCUUGUCUCUUGCUACCAAACUGUGGAUUAAAAAGCAGACUAGUUCAA